UGGUUUCGGCUGGAAGCCCCGCUCCAAAGAUCGCCCGGGUACUGCUGGUCUCGCGCGUGGCGCCCCGCGAGGGAGCCCCGGGACGCAGACGAUGGAGGGCGCGCUGGCUGUGCCCCGCCUGCCCCCCCACGACCCGAGCACGCCGGCGCUGUCGGUGGUAGACAUGCACACGGGCGGCGAGCCCCUGCGCAUCGUGCUGGCCGGCUGCCCCGAGGUGCUCGGGCCCACGCUGCUAGCCAAGCGGCGCUACAUGCGCCAGCACCUGGACCACGUGCGGCGCCGGCUCCUGCUCGAGCCCCGGGGCCACCGGGACAUGUACGGGGCGGUGCUGGUGCGCAGCGAGCUGCCCGACGCGCACCUGGGAGUGCUGUUCCUGCACAACGCGGGGUACAGCUCCAUGUGCGGCCACGCCGUGCUGGCCCUGGGCCGCUUCGCGCUGGACUUCGGGCUGCUGCCCGCGCCCCCCGCCGACGUGCGCGAGGCCCGCGUCAACAUCCACUGCCCCUGCGGGCUCGUGGCCGCCUUCGUGGCGUGCGAGGGUGGCCGCAGCUGUGGCCCGGUGCGCUUCCACAGCGUCCCGGCCUUUGUGCUGGCCUCAGAUCUCAUGGUGGAUGUUCCUGGACAUGGAAAGGUCGUGGUAGACAUUGCCUAUGGCGGUGCAUUCUAUGCCUUUGUCGGUGCAGGACAGUUAGGGCUCGAUGUCUGUUCUGCAAAGACAAGGGACCUCGUGGACGCCGCGAGUGCGGUGACCGCGGCGGUGAAAGCUCAGUUUGAGAUUACUCACCCAGAGAGUGAAGACCUUGCCUUCCUGUAUGGAACCAUAUUAACAGAUGGCAAAGAUGCUUAUGACGAGGAACCAACCACCAACAUCUGUGUGUUUGCAGAUGAACAGGUUGACAGAAGCCCCACUGGCUCGGGAGUGACAGCGCGCAUUGCUCUGCAGUAUCAUAAAGGCCUUCUAGGCCUGAACCAGCCCAGGGCCUUUAAAAGCAGCGCAACCGGUUCCGUGUUCACAGGCAGUGCUGUGAAGGAAGCAAAAUGUGGAGAUUUUAAAGCUGUUAUAGUGGAAGUAUCAGGACAAGCCCAUUACACAGGUACAGCAAAUUUUAUAGUAGAAGACGACGACCCACUGAAAGACGGGUUUCUUCUCAAAUGACCUCUUCCAGGACUUUUAACGGCUUUCCUUCUAAAGUAAUAAUUAUCCAUAAGUAAUGCUUUCUCAAAAUUAGUGAAAACCAAUAUCCAAUUGUUCACAUACACUAACUUCCAUGUUCUUAAAAUAGUAUACUAUGGCUAAAUAGAAAGUCACUAUACCUCAUAUUUGCUAAUAUAUGUUGGUACAGGUAUCACUUAAGUCUAGCGUGUAAAGUGUGAAAAAUGCAGAAAAAUUUUCUAGUUACUAACAUACUGAGUAAAAUUAAGAUCUUUACUCAAUGGUAAUGACUGUAAUAUUUUAUUCUAAAGGUUCUUUGAAUAAUAUCUGAAAUUACAGUCAUCUCAACAAUGAACUUUACAAGUUCAUUAUGUUAGUGUUCUAUUUUGAGAGGAAUAAUGCCCCCUAAAGCAGCAUGUAAAGGAGAUGUGUGAAAAGAUACUCAGCACUUAGCAUAAAGAGCUGGGGAAGGGCCGGGUGGAGCAAACCGCUUUCCACUGGCAUCAUUACAGCAGCUGCAGGUGUCCUGUGUGCCUCAACGUUGGCUCCUACUGGUACUGAGGACCAUAAACUGAUCCUGCAAAAACAAACUAGUCGUCAGAUUUUUGGUACUUCUUUAAGGCUUUUUGUGACGGGUUGAGGAAGGCUCAGAGUCAGCCUCAGGAAUGCUAAGCGUAUGCUGUACCCCCAGCCUCUUUAAGGCUUUUAUAAAAGGGAUUGCUUACUAUGUACUGAAAUGCAGGUACAUGGUAGAACUGAAUGAAUCACUUACAAGAGAAUGAGUUAUACUCUUCAGCUGCAUGGUAGGUAGAUUUAAAACAUGAAAGAAGUGCUCAUGAUUAGUUAAUACUUCUCACUAGUUAAUACUGAUCUGUGAGCCUUGAUCACUGCCAGCUAUCAUAAACAGAAGCACUUGCUCAUUAGAUUCUUAGUGAAGCAGGUAACAGUAUUUUACCUCUGAGCAUGUAGAAAGCGAGUUUGUGUAACUGGCGUUGACACCUGCAGGUCAGUAUUGACCCAGUGACUGGGUCUGUGAUUUAAUUACCUGACCAAAAGAAAAACUAUAAUGUCAAUAUUUUGAUUUUCCUAUUAUCAAAAAAUUUUAUGCUACUUUUUAUUGUCUUUAUAAAAUUCUGUGACAAAAUCAUUUAUCUCCAAGAAAUGACAGUAUCACUAAUUCAGUGUGACCAAGUAAUUUUCUACAGAUUAGAUUUGCUGUACUUUUUUAAGAAAUAAAAUUAGAACCACUGUUCUCUCAAAA